GGAUCCCUCACUGGCAACGUCCCAGACCACCACCACCGUGGCUGGCGUUCACCUCAACUUUGUCCCUGGUGCGGGUCAUGCAGCUGAAGACUGAACCUUCUGUAUACAGCAGCCGGCAUUGAAGGAUCACCGCAGACCACCGCUCACUCUCUCUGUCUCCGGACGCCUGCUACUUACCACCGGACGUCCCCCUGGAAGCGCUGUCAGACUCCGGCACUGUCUGCUUCGACUCUGCAGCAGUACCUCCUCCUCCGGCGAUUUUUAGAAAUAGGCCCCGCUCCAAAGGUCCAGUGCAUGCGGACUCCUACUCUGUCAGUUUACUGCUCCCAACUGCCGCUUAUCUACUCCCUGGGCCUAAUUCCCGUCUGUGUACAAUGCCGGUGUACACGCAACUGAGCCAUUAUCAGCAGAGGGCACAUGGUGCUGCGAUCUCACUGUACACACUCCAAGCAAUGAGGUGUACUCAGGGCCUGCCGCGCCUUUUCCUGCUGUGCCUGGCAUAUACCCUCUGCUCAGCUGGGGUUCCAGGGACAGAAUUUAUUACAGCAUUCAUGCAGAACUACAAUAACGCAGCCGACACUGAUCUCAAACUGUCCAUCACAGCCUUUUCUGAUUCCACAACUGUCCAAAUCAAGGUCAACACGAAUACAUUCCGAAAGACUGUCAGCUUAAAUCAAUUUGAAGAAACUACAGUUGUACUUCCACAUGUAGUCCUAAUGAAAGGUUCUCAGCGUUCAACUUAUUCUGUCAUUGUCACCUCCAACAAUCCAGUAUCAGUAGUUUCCAUGAACUUCAAUGACCAGAGCUUUGACAGUUCAUCUCUAUACCCAGUGUCGGAAUGGGGAACAGAGUAUUAUGUCUUUACACCUCCUGAUGGCUCCUUCAAGGAAUUUGCUAUAAUUGCUAAGGAGCCUUCUACAUCAGUAACAAUCUCUCCUACUGGAACACUGAACUACCUGGGCAAGAACUACAACAGUGGGAGCACACUCACUUUUAAGCUUGAUGCCUACGAGGUAAUACAAUUCCAGAGCGAGGAUGAUCUGAGCGGCUCCAGGAUAAUUUCCUCCAAAAAGGUCACGGUUCUGAGUGGUCACACAUGCUCCAUGAAGUUCACCAAGUGCAAUCACGUCUAUGAACAGCUGCAGGCUUCUUAUAUUUGGGGAACUACCUUCUUUAUACCCACAGUCUCGUUCCAGACCAAGUAUGACCUAGUAUAUGUAACAGCAGCAACCCAGAACACCCAAGUGACCUAUCAAGCCGGGUCUGUGGUGCAGAACAAGGAACUGGAUGCCGGUGAUGUGAUAGAAAUUCAACUCAAAGCAAGCGCUCCAAUCUUUAUCAAUUCCACUGAAGGGAUUCAAGUGAUGUAUUACAGUACUGGGGGUCAGAAAGGUGCAAUAGAUUAUGAUACAGCUCUUAUGACUGUGCCAGAUGUGACAUCUUUCUGCACUUCAUUCAGAGCGGUUGGUCUGGAUGAUUUCAUUAACGAAGUCCUAAUUGUGGCUAAAACAUCAGCUUUGGAUGACCUGACUGUCAAUAAAGCCCCACAAGGGAACAUCAGCUGGAAGCCCAUUCCAGGGACACAGUAUUCUUGGGGGGAGUUAACACUGGUAACGAACUCAAAACCUUAUAUAUUUGAAAGUAAGAAAAGUCCCUUUGGUCUCAGUGUAAUAGGGACCUCCUCCUCAACCUCUUAUGCGGAAUCAGCUGUCUGUAUUGGUGGUUCCUCCCGACCUUCAUGCAGCCAAGUAAAGUGCAACAGGAAAGAAGUCUGUAAGAUUGUUCACGGUAAAGCCGUUUGCCAGUCAAACUCAGAGGCCACGUGCUGGGCAUGGGGAGAUCCCCAUUACCACACCUUCGAUGGAAAGAACUACGAUUUCCAGGGGACCUGCUCUUACACCAUGUCGAAAACCUGCAGCUCCAAUCUUGACCUUCCAUAUUUUAAUAUUGAGACCAAGAACGAAAUCAGAGCCACAUCUAGUGUAUCGUACCUCAAAUCAGUCAACAUCCAGGUGUAUGGAUUUAAUAUUACUGGCUUCAGGUCUGAAUACGGCGUAGUGAGGGUAAAUAACCAAAAGUCUCAGCUUCCAGUCCAGCUGUUAGAUGGGAAGCUGACAAUAUCCCAAAGUGGGACCUCUUUGAUACUUCUCACAGAUUAUAAACUGAAAGUCAUCUAUGACUGGGACAUUCUCCUGAAAAUCACUAUUCCGGGCAGCUACUAUACCAAUGUUUGUGGUCUUUGUGGCAAUUAUAACGACAACCAAAGCGAUGACCUCAGUAAUGGAGGCGUGGCUUUAAGUACCAUAGAUUAUGGUAAACUUUGGAAAGUACAAGACAACAGUGACCCGUCAUGUUGGGAUGACUGCAAUGGGCCGUGUGUGACUUGCACCCCUGAUCAAAAGCUACUAUAUGGAAGCAGUGAGAAUUGCGGUAUCCUCAGAAGUCUUGAUGGCCCUUUCAAAGUAUGUCAUGAUAAAAUUGACUCCGUGGUGUUCAAGGAAAACUGUGUCUACGAUCUGUGCCUAAACCAGGGCUUUAAUCAGGUUUUGUGCCAGACUCUGAAAGCUUACAGCGAUGCAUGUGCAAGAGAAGGUAUACAGGUUGGCGAUUGGAGAAACGCAACAGGAUGCCCUAUGAUAUGCCCCGGUAACAGCACUUAUAACCAAAGAGGAAGCGCUUGUCCAGCCACAUGCCAAGAUCCAGCAGCGCCAUCCAAAUGCACGGAUGCCUCUAUAGAAACCUGCGAGUGUGUUUCAGGCUUUGUAUUGAUUGAGGGAAAAUGUCAACCUAUAGAAAACUGCGGCUGCACUUACCAAGGACGUUCUUACCCUCAAAACGCCUCAUUCUGGGAUGACACGGUUUGCAAGAGGAAGUGCGUCUGCAAUCCAGACACUCAUAAGGUCCAAUGUAGCAAUACCAAGUGUGCAACUGGACAAAGAUGUUUUAUUCAAGAUGGUAUACUGGACUGUUAUGCAACCACAACCAGCACCUGCUCCGGCUCUGGGGACCCUCACUACAUCACUUUCGAUAACCUUCACUAUGACUUUCAGGGAGCUUGCCAUUACCUGCUCUCCGGUCUCUGUAAACCAAAAAGUUAUUUACCCGACUUCCAAGUAACUGUACGCAAUGAGAAUCAAGGAAGCCUUUUUGUCUCUUAUACCACUGCUAUUACAUUCAAGGUCUUUGAAAGAGAAAUCCAGGUCCUCCGAGAAUAUCCAGGUGUUGUUUUGGUGGAUGGUGUGAAGUCUAACCUGCCAUUGGCACUGAGGCCAACACUUGGCAAUAUAGAUAUAUACCAGUCUGGAAGGCAGUGUAUAAUUCAGACCAACAUUGGGAUUCGUGUAACAUUUGACUGGGAAGCGCGGGUUGGAGUGACCCUCCCAUCUACGUACUUUGGAUCAGUGUGUGGUCUCUGCGGCAACUACAACAACAAUUCAAACGAUGACCUGAUCAACAGGGAUGGUCAACUGCAGCCUAACGUCACACUCUUUGGCCAUAGCUGGAGAGAAGGUGAGAAUGCGGACACAUGCAAGAUAGUCAAGGAAAAUAACUGCAGUAAUCUGCUUGCUAUGGAGGCAGAGCAGAAGAAGAACCUGCAGGAGUGCGGUAUGGUGCUGGACAAGAAAGGUCCUUUUAGAAAUUGCCAGGCCAAAGUUGAUCCUGCCUCUUACUUCCAGGACUGUGUCUAUGACAUGUGUGCCUAUGGAAAAAGACCGGACCUUAUCUGCCGGCUGUUGACUGGCUACACUGCUUCAUGUCAGGAAGCAGGAGUUUCCCUCUACCCUUGGAGAUCUGACAUAAUCUGCCCAAUUACCUGUCCCCUCAACAGCAGAUACAGCAUAUGUGUCAACGGUUGCCCUUCCACAUGCCACUCUAUGACGAUGUCCUCAAAAUGUGAUGCUCAGUGCAGGGAAGGAUGCGAGUGUGAGCAAGGCUAUGUUCUCAGUGGUAGCGACUGCGUUCCUAUGUCCCAGUGUGGCUGUAUUUACAACGAGAAGUAUUACAAAUCUGGGGAGAUCUUCUAUCCAGAAGACACAUGUGAGAAUAAAUGUACAUGCAGCAAUGGUGGGGCCGUAAUCUGUGAGCACACCUCGUGCAGACCAUAUGAAAACUGUAGCGUGGUGAAUGGGGUGCAAAACUGUAACCCUGUGGGAUCAUCCGUGUGCUCAGCUAUGGGGAAAACGAGCUACAGUACGUUUGAUAAUUUGGGAUAUGACUUCAUUGGAAACUGUUCUUAUACAUUGACGAAGACCUGUCUAACCGGGAAUUCCACGUUGACUCCAUUCCUUGUCCAAAUGAGAAACUUGGAGAGCAGAGCAUCAGCCAAUAAGAAUAUAUGGCUGGAGGUCUACAAUUAUACUAUCACCAUUUCUCAAGGAGAUGAUAAUAAAAUCCUGGUGAAUGACAUACAGAGGAACCUUCCUUUUGAAGUGGAGGCUGGUAGACUACGGGCUGAGUAUCAGGGUGGUGGAAUUGUCCUCAAAACUGACUUUGGCUUAAUCAUAACCUCUGACAACGCCAUUCAUGUCACCGUUCCUGGAAACUACCACAACCAGCUGUGUGGUCUAUGUGGAAACUACAAUGAUGAUCUCAGCGAUGAUCUUGGUCCAUACUCUGACGAUGUGGUCUCAUUUGCUGAUUCUCUGAAGGAAUCGGAUGAAGUCUGCAGUACCAGUGAAGUCUGUAAUGCAGGGAACCAAACGUGCUGCCCCAAAGCUAAACAAAGAGAAUUCUCAGGGCAAAACUUCUGUGGUGUCCUUACGGAUCCAAGUGGCCCAUUCUCAUCCUGUCACAGUGUGUUUGAUCCUGCUCCGUAUAUGCAGAGCUGUGUGAGCAAUCUGUGCUCAAGGUCUGGAGAGCUUUGCCCCAUCCUUCAAGGUUACGUCAAAGUUUGUCAAGAUGCUGGUGCGGUUAUGAAGCCAUGGAGGUCACCGAGUUAUUGCCCAUACACCUGCUCAGGGGAAAACAGUCACUACGAGUUCUGCGCAGACGUUUGUACCACCAGCUGCUCCUCCCUCUAUGACAUCACCGUCUGCCCGAAAAGCUGCACAGAAGGCUGCCAGUGCGAUGAAGGAUACUUCUUCCAAAAUAAUCUCUGCGUGACCGCUGACAUUUGCAACCGCUGCACCUUGAACGCAACAUUUUACAUGAUAAAUGAAACAGUCAUUUCAGAGGAUUGCAGUCAGUCCUGCACCUGUACCUCUCACCACGUGAUGGACUGCCAACUGUACGACUGCAAUUCUGAUGAAGUUUGCAGGAUCUUAGAUGGAAAAGUUCAAUGUAUUAAUCAGAAUCCAUGUAAGUCAGUCACCUGCAGAAAUAAAGAGCAUUGUGUAAAUAUUGAUGAAAAGCCAGUUUGCGUCCCCGACUAUACAAGUUCCUGCACGGCCUGGGGAGAUCCUCACUAUACAACCUUUGAUGGCUAUAACUUUGACUUCCAUGGGACCUGUACUUACGUUCUAGCCACAUAUAUUGGGGCUGAUACAACAUUGGAAUUCUUCCGUAUUGAGGAGAAGAAUGAUAACAGGGGAAGCGCGACAUCCUCUUCUGUCAGACUAGUCAACAUCUUUGUGUAUAACUUCAACAUUUCCAUCGUUAAAGAAGAAUCUGGGCAAGUUCGGGUAAAUGAUGAGAUUGCAAACCUUCCUCUGACUUUGCUAAAUGGGAAAAUCACUGUCACCUACAGUGGGGUUUAUGCAGUCCUGAAAACAGACUUUGGCCUUCAAGUGAGCUAUGACUACAACUGGCACGUGGAAGUCACCAUCCCCAGCAGCUACUACGCUAGCACAGGUGGCCUCUGCGGAAAUUUUAACACCAAUCCUCGUGAUGACAAGGUGUCGCCCGACAACGAAAAAUUAACUAUAAUCACUAAGUGGGCACAGUCGUGGAAAGUCAUUGAAGAUGAUGACUUCUGCUGGGACGUUUGCCAUGGCACCUGCCUGGAAUGUAAUGAGACCAGUCAGGCCCUCUAUGAAGGAGAACAGUUCUGUGGUGUCAUGGAGGCAGACAAUGGACCUUUCGUAGGUUGCCAACGCACUGUCAACACCUCCUUAUUCCUUGACAAUUGUGUAAAAGAUAUUUGCAGUCAUGAUGGAGUAGGCUUCUGCCAAGCAUUGGAGGCCUAUGCUGCAGCAUGUAGAAAGCAAGGGGUAGACCUGCCGGACUGGAGAAAUGCUACAGGAUGCAAUAUGGUCUGUCCUGAGAACAGCCACUACGAGUACUGUGCCACCGCCUGCCCUGCCUCCUGCUUUGACAAAGCGGCUCCGGACAGAUGCACGGAACCCUGUGUGGAGAGCUGCCAGUGCGACGAGGGACACGUCUCUAGUGCCGGCAGUUGUAUUGAUGUCAUGUCCUGUGGUUGCUACUACAAUAAUCUCUACUACAAACCCAGCCAGGAGUUUUGGUCGGACGAUACAUGCAGUGUGCUCUGCAGGUGCGACCCCUCCCUGGGGGUGGUAGUGUGCACGGAACAGACGUGCCAAGGUAAUACAAAAUGUAUGAUAAGAAACGGAAUUAGGGACUGCUACCCUGUAAGUUACUUCACGUGCAUCAGUACCGGAGACCCCCACUAUACUACUUUCGAUGGACAAAAAUAUGACUUCAUGGGGACCUGCAUCUACCAAAUGACUGAAGUUUGUAUCCCAGAUCCCAACCUCACCCCUUUCCGAGUGAAAAUUCAAAACGAGAAGAGGGGUGGCAAAGACGUGUCCUACACAAAGUCUGUGACCUUGGAAGCAUACAACCAAACCAUCACUUUAACCAGGGACUAUCCACACAGGGUUGUGGUCAAUGGUGUCGCCAAUUAUAUACCUUGGUCGAUGAAGUCCAACAAGAUCAAAACAUUUAUGAACGGGGAACACGCCUUCGUCCGAACUGAUUUUGACGUAACAGUGAAUUAUAACUGGGACAAUUAUGCGCGGGUCAUUGUGCCCAAUACCUAUGCUGAGGCACUUUGCGGUCUCUGCGGAAACUUCAAUCAGGAUCCAAGUGAUGACCUGACCCCAGCAGAUGACAAAAAAGGUGGAAUUAAGUUUGCAGACAGGUAUAAGGUGGGAGAAACGCCUGGAUGUAGUGGAGGCUGCAAAGGAGAAUGUCCCAAGUGCAGUGACCAGCAGACACUUAAGUACUCAAACCAGACAUAUUGUGGUAUUCUCAGCAAGAAGGAUGGACCACUCAGCAGCUGCUACGAGACCAUUGACCCUACAUCAUAUUUCACAGACUGUGUGUACGAUAGUUGUCAGUAUAUGGGGCAGUACUCCGCAGUAUGCGGGGCUAUUGCCAGAUACGUUACCGAAUGUCAAGAAAAAGGGAUUGAGGUUGGAGAAUGGAGAAAAUACACAAUCUGCGAGCCUUUCUGUCCCCAAAAUAGUCACUACGAGCUGUGUGGUCCUGGCUGCCAUGCUUCAUGCUCCAGCAUUUAUUCUGCAUCUGACUGUAAGAAGACCUGCACAGAAGGAUGUUACUGUGACAGCAACUUUGUGCUCAGUGGAGACACCUGUGUCUCCAUCUCUCAAUGUGGCUGUGACUUCAAUAACACCUACCACCAGAGAGGCGAUAUCUUUUACCCUGAAGAACAGUGUAAUGAGCAGUGCCAGUGUGAGGACAAUGGGGUAGUCCAGUGCCAAGCAGCGCCUUGUGGACCCAAUGAAGAGUGUGCAUUGGUCAAUGGAGUCAUCAGCUGUCAUUCUAAGAUCACCGGAACUUGCCUUGGAGCCGGAAACAGCCACUUCCAGUCAUUUGAUGGUCUUUCCUUCAUCUUCCAAGGCUCAUGUUCCUACACUCUGGCUGAGGUCUGCAGCAAGAAUGUUGAGCUAGGGAACUUUUCGGUUGUGGCCUUGAGUGACUAUUUUGGACAAAGCAACAUACUCGGGACAAGUGCGUUGAGAGUGAAUGUACACGACUAUGAGAUUACCAUGGAACGCGGGAAACCAUGGCAAGUGAAGGUCAAUGAAGAGGAUCACAACCUGCCUCUAGUUUUGGAAAAUGGAAAAAUCCAGAUCAACCAGGAAGGCUCCAGUAUAGUAUUACAGACAGACUUUGAGUUGAUUGUGCUGUAUGAUUUAGUUAACUCAGUUCAUAUUACAGUCCCCGGUGUGUAUCAAAGUUCCAUGUGUGGGCUGUGUGGUGAUUUCAACGGGAAGCUCAGUGAUGAUCUCCGUAUGCCAUCUGGGCAGCUGUCCACAAGUGUUGAGGAGUUCGGGGCAGCUUGGAAUGCAGACCCAGAGGUGACAGAUUGCAGUUGUAAAGAGAACUGCAAGGGCUGUGAGAAAAUGAGGGCUGCCAUAUUCAGCCGGGACGAGGCAUGCGGGCUGUUGGUGUCCGGAUAUGGUCCAUUUGUUGACUGCUACAACCUUAUUAAUGCCACCGAUUACUUUAACCAGUGUCUGUUUGAUAUGUGUGCAAGUGACGGUCAAGCAGAUACCCUAUGUGAUAGCCUUCAGGCUUAUGCCACAGCUUGCCAGGCUUCUGGAGCCAAUAUUAAACAAUGGAAGUCACCCACUUUCUGCUCACCGGAUUGCCCAGAGAACAGUCAUUAUGAGCUGUGUGCUCGCACGUGUGAUGUCACAUGUUCUGGGGUGAUAGCACCUGCUUUCUGCACGGGAAGAUGCUCAGAGGGUUGUGAGUGUGACGACGGAUAUCUUUUUGAUGGUGGUAGCUGUGUGUCCAUGGAUAAAUGUGGAUGUUUUUACAAUGGAAUAUAUUACAAUGAGGGAGAGUCCUUUGUCAAUGAAGACUGUAGCCUUCAAUGCAAAUGCCAAGCUGGUGGUGUGACCUGCACAGCAGUUUCCUGUACUUCCAAGCAGCGCUGUGGUCUCGUCAGUGGUGUGCGAGGUUGCUACAUGGUGGAUGGUGAAUGUUCUGUAAACCCACAGAAGCUGGUCACAUUUGAUGGCCUCUCAGGAGGAACCAUUGCAAAUGGCCUAUUGGAGGUUGCAUCUCUGUGUAACAUGGAUGCAUCCGAGUGGUUCAGAGUUCUUGCCGAUAUCCAAAGUUGUGGACAAGCACCAUCUGUCUCAAGAAUCCAUAUCUUUCUUCCUGGUGGCCUAGUGACUAUCUCCAAGGAUAAGGAAGUCUGGGUUAAUGGGCGCUUGGCUGCUCUUCCUACUGUGUUUGCCUUUGUCUCAGCCAACACUGGAGAUAGCGCCGUCAUUAUCCAGGUUGGCACAGACUUGAAGAUUGAGUUAAGCAACAGUGGAAACCUCUUGCUCUGGGUUUCCGAGGGUCUGUCUGAGUCAGUUUGUGGUGUCUGUGGAAAUUUUAAUGGAGACACCUUUGAUGACCUCAGGGCUCCUGGAGGGAAGGUGGUCAAGGACAUUUUGCAACUCAUAGCAUCUUGGAGAGCUUAUGACUUCAACAGCUGUAAUGUGUGAGCUAGUAAGAAGACACCUAGAGGAUGACCCAAUUGAUCACUGAAAAUAUGAAAUGAAUGAGCGUAUACAUAGGAUCUCUGUAAUUAUUGAAAAUUGCUACAUUUUAGAUCCAUUGAAAGUGUUUAUGUACUGUGCAUUGUGUAACCUUUCUACCAGUGACCAGUAUACCUCUUGUUCCAUAGUGCAGGAAUUCAGUGGCCUAUGACUGCCAGCCUGCAACAACUGCUUAACACUGGGCCUUUCCUUGCUUUAAUAACAAGUUGGUAAAUGCAUCUACCUGUGAAUUGUUGCUUUGACUGUAUAAAUGUAAAUCACCCAGUGCAGUAAAAUGCAGAAAGGUUUGAAAAAUAAA